CGCGCCGCAAAUAUACUUGCGUACGUGAUCUUAACCUUACUCCUAACUUUUACUAAGCGUAGGAACGGCACCAGCUGUUGAAAUGAUUACGUAAACGGUAUAUUCUAAGAUGAACCUCAAUUAAAAUCGCCGUAUGUACUAGUUUUUUUUCCUACAUAUUAUUCAGUGUAGCUCAAAUUAUUAGGGUUUACUUAAAAGAUUAUAUUCAACCGUGUAUUAUUUAAUGUUACGAAAGGUGUAUCAGAAUGUUGAAAAAUACGGUGAUUUUAGUAUAUGUGUGCCUUGAAUUUACUCUCUCGCAAGAAUGCAGCCAUACUUCACCUUGCACCCCAUUGAAAGGGGGUCUUGCAUUUAAAAAUCCCAGCCAAAUCCACACCUGGGUUCAAAAUCUACACGUCAGAAUUGACGUAGACGUCCAUGACGUCACUGUUGAUUGGCUGACAGUAAAAAGACGUCUGUUUAACGGGGAAUUUACCGCGCCGACAAUUUGGAUUCGAGCUGGGGAAAGAAUUAUUGUUACUCUGGCCAAUAACCUUAAGGAACCAAACCCACCUAAACCAGAAGCGAACAAAUUCGGAUUUCCAAACACCACAAACCUACAUACGCAUGGACUGCAUAUUAGCAGCCAGUCUCCAAGAGACAACCCUACAAUUGUAGUUGAACCUGGACAGCAAUAUGACUAUAUAUACCAUGUACACCCUGAUCAACAAGCUGGAACUUUUUGGUACCAUCCUCAUUACCAUGGCAGUGUGUUCUUUCAGGUACUCAGUGGUUUGAAAGGUGCUCUCAUUGUAGAAGAUAAUCCUUUCCUCCUUCUACCAAGUCUGGAAGCCGUAUCCUGUCCUUUAAAUUGUGAACAUGAUCUUCAGAUGGUGUUCUCACUCUUUCAGUAUUCUUCACAAGAUAGUGGAGACUUCAGCAAAGCACAAAGAGAUAUUGGUGACUAUGAAGGGUUUAGAUUAAACACAGCGUUGGACAAUUCUGAUCAAACUUUAGAAGAAUGGUUGGAAGAUCCAGCAAACAACAUUAGGUAUAUGUUGGUCAAUGGGUUGCUCAAUCCAGUGUUACAGAUACAUCCAGGUCAAAUGAAACGAUUCAGGCUCAUAAACGCAGGCGAAUACAACACCCUUGCAAUAGAAGUGGUGAACACUAUACCAGGUGAACCAUCUUGCUCUGUAAAGGAAAUUGCAAUUGACAGCAUCUAUCUUGAUGUACCAAGGGAACCAAGAUUAGGACGUACUUACCUACCUCCUGGUGGAAGGGCUGACUGGCUUGUUGUUUGUAAUGAAGUAGGAACGUAUGAGAUGCGGUCAACAUUCUAUGAUGAAGACAAAGCAUCAAUGGGGGAGACCCACUACUUUACUGGACCCAUCAUGACAAUUAAGGUGUCUGGAUUCCCAAGGAAUUCUGACUUCCCACAUAUUCUCCCACCAAAACCUAGUUUCCUUCAAGACUUGCGCGAUGUGCCAUCUGAGGAUAUUAAAGGUCGUUUUCAAUUAGAAAUGAAUUCUCAAUUCAGAACUGGGAGGGAGUUAUUUGCAGGAGCAUAUUACAGAUACAAAACAGAAGUAGAUACAGUCCAGGAAUGGUACAUCACCAACACUGAGACCACCGUGUCUCAUCCACUUCAUAUUCAUGUUAAUUCAUUUCAAAUUAUCAGCUAUAACCAAUACACUGGACCAUACAGUGCUGGUAAGGAUGGUGCUUGGCGUUUGUAUGACCAAGCAACUGGGGACACUUGUAAUUAUCAAUUUUCUGGAUAUGAUCCUGAUGCUGAAAUUGAAGAACCUUCUGAUCCACUUAAGUACUUGGGACAUGAACAUCGACAAGAUCUGACACAGGAAGGAACCAUUGCUUAUGUGGAACCUGGUGAAUGGAGGGACACUUUCACUGUACCACCUAUGAGUAAUGUAACUAUUCGAUUUGUUACUGAUACAUACGUGGGUCUAGUUGUCGCACAUUGUCACAUUCUUAACCAUGAGGACUGGGGUAUGAUGCUGGCAGUUGAUAUAGUAAGGCAAGGUGAAAGCUUGGAUGCCAAUCUUGCAUCUGAUGGUGCCUAUCCAUGGUCUUGUAUGGAAAAUCCUGAACCUCUGGGUGUGACUGGACUCGCUAUGUCUUCAGAUAUAGAAACAUAAGUGGCAUUAGAUGUGCGUUCUGUUCCUUAUAAAAGCAUAUGUUAGUUGCUUCUUUGCGUUUUACUAUCAUGGCACAUUAUAACGUAAUUGAAUUUUUGUUUAUUUUUUUUGAAAACGAUAACAAUAAUAUUUUGUAAAUUGCUUUGACAUGUCCUUUACGUUUUAAAACUGCAUUUCUUUCCUUCAUUCUCUUUUUAAUCGUUACGCGUCGGUUUUAUUAAGUGUUGGUUGUUGGGGUGGGAAUUAGUUUACUCAAUGUAUUUUAUGGUGGGGAAAAUGGGACACCUUUAGCACAUAAUAAUUAAAUAUUCUCGUGUUUUGAACAGUUAAAACGGUUUAUGGGGAGUCGUGAGAAUACAGUUUCAUAAUUCUUUGAAUGUUCUUUGUUUAUAUUAAAUGGAACGAGAAAACAGGAUGAAAAGAUGUCCCAUCUUCCCCUACCCAACUGUAUAGAAACAACUCAUGUUUGAACUUUGCACCGUCUGUUUCAAUCAGUCUUGUUUUAAUAACGAUGGUAUUGGCACUUGUGUUACAUGUAUGAAAAUAAAUGUUAAAGAUGACAGACGUCAUGGUG